GGAGUCUCUACUCUGUGCGCAUGGGCAGAGAAACUACCGCUUGUUAUUAUUGUAAGAAUAAUUCCUCUUAUGAAAAUGGCGUCGAGUCAGGGAGGUGUGGGAGCUGUAACUGCUCUUCCAAACCAUCACUUAUCCAACGGACCUCACUGGAACCCGGGGAUCAACCAGCAUCAGCUCCACACGGCCCGGAGUUUAGACCGCGCUCUGGAGGAUGCUGUGUGCUCAGGGACGUUGAAUCUUAGCGGGAGGAAGCUGAGAGACUACCCUGGACUGUGCUAUGAUCUUACUGAUACAACGCAGGCAGAUCUGUCGAAGAACAGGCUCACAGAGAUUCCCCCAGAGGUGUGUCUGUUCGCCCCACUCGAGUCCCUCAACCUAUACCACAACUGCAUCAAAUGCAUCCCAGAAACCAUCAUCAACUUGCAGAUGCUGACCUAUCUCAACAUCAGCCGGAACCUUCUCUCAACAUUGCCAAAAUACCUGUUUAGCCUCCCCCUCAAAGUGCUGGUGGUGAGCAACAACAAGCUAGUGUCCAUCCCAGAGGAAAUUGGGAAGGCCAAAGAGCUGAUGGAGUUGGACAUCAGCUGUAAUGAGAUCCAGGUGCUGCCCCCUCAGGUGGGGAGGCUCCAGGCCUUACGGGAACUCAACAUCAGGAGGAACUGUCUUCACAUGCUGCCUGAGGAGUUGGCGGACCUGCCACUCACCAGACUAGACUUCUCCUGCAAUAAGAUCACAGAGAUCCCUCCUGUCUACAUGAGACUCAGGCAGCUGCAGCACAUCAUCCUCGACAACAACCCUAUGCAGUCCCCACCUGCACAGAUCUGCCUGAAGGGCAAGGUGCACAUCUUUAAGUACCUGAACAUCCAAACAUGUAGGUUGAAUAAGAAGCCUGACUCUCUGGACCUCCCCUCCCUGGGCAAACGCUGCCUUCCCCAGCCUCUGACCGACAGCAUGGAGGAUUUUUACCCCAGUAAGAACCACGGUCCUGACUCUGGUAUCGGCAGUGACAACGGGGAUAAAAGACUGUCUACGACGGAGCCUUCUGACGAUGACACCAUCAGCCUGCACUCUCAGGUCUCAGAGACGGCCCGCGCCGACGCGCUCUCUCUCCUCUCCAAGAUGGACUCAGGCAAAGAUCAGGAACCCUAUGACUUCAUCGAGCCCAACCCAGAGGAGGAUGCUGCCCUGUCAGAGGGGGAUGGGCAGCAGAGUGGUGGACCCUACAUCUCCUGUAUAAAGGAAUUGGAGAAGGUUCUUAACAAGUCACACCAAAGCAAAGAUAAGGAAAGCUGGAAAGAGGAGUCUGGCUCUGAUAAAGAUCAGCUAGCUGAGGAGGAGGAAGAGGAGGAGGAGGAGGAAGAGCUGAAGGAGGUGCUGGACCUGAGGAAGAUUGCCGUCCAGCUCCUGCAGCAGGAGCAACAGAACAGACGACGAUCCUUAAUUUGUAGAGCAGAGAGUCUAAUUCAUCGAAGGAGGGUUGCCGGCCGUGCACACAGGUUCCUAAGUCACUCUGGCAGCUCCGGCAGCAAACAACGGUCCCCCUCUCAGGCUAUCCGCAGUGCCUCUCUGGAUGAAGCGAACAGUGGCACGUCAGUGCUGAGUGGGCAGGUAAGUACUUCCUGUCCUGUUUUCCACAGGGAACAUGCUACUCAUUGUUCCCAUUUUGUGCGAGUAAUACUACACCGUGGCCAUUGUUUUCAGUUCCCCUUUUUAAUGUGUCCGCGUGCGAGGCCUUGGUUUUGGUGUCUGGGUUUCACUCAUGUCGUUCACCUCUCUCUGUCUCUCUCUGGAAAGGACCCUGACUUCACAGACGACGACGACGACACUUUCUCUGAGCCCUCCUCUUCAUGCUCCUACGAUGGCAGCCUGAAAUCCGAGUCAGACACGGAGCCAAAGUGGCCAGAGGUUCCACCUGUACUCAACCAGAACGAGGAGCGCAGGAGGAACAAGUAUCUGAGGAAAGAUUAUCUGAAGAACAAGUGCCAGAGUGCCCGACGAAACUCUAGUGGGAACGACGAGUGUGAGGAGGUAUUGCGGAAUGCUGAGUUCAGCACCACCCUCACAGUGUUUGGCCUUAAACCAAGAUCAGCUUUUUGCCGAAGCAGCCGCCAGGAGCCGUCAGACCCCAGUUUCACCAUGAGGAGGAAGAUGGAGCACCUGCGGGAGGAGAUGGAGCAGGUUGGCCUCCUACGGCAGAACCUGGAGUCCAGACUGAAGGUCUUGCUGCCGGACGAUGUGGGAGCUGCUCUGAUGGAUGGCGUUGUCUUGUGCCAUCUGGCCAAUCACAUUCGUCCUCGGUCGGUGGCCAGCAUCCAUGUACCCUCGCCCGCAGUGCCAAAGCUUAGCAUGGCCAAGUGCCGCAGGAAUGUGGAAAACUUCCUGGAUGCCUGUAAGAAGCUGGGUGUGCCACAGGACAAGCUGUGUUUGCCCCACCACAUCCUAGAGGAGCGUGGGCUGGUGAAGGUGGGCAUGACCGUCCAGGCUCUACUGGAUCUGCCAGCCUCCAAGCCCACCCAGCUAUCUGCUGUCUAACAGCAGCCUGGACACUGCCUCCGCCCUCCCUGUCCAGUCCAGUCAAGCCAUUCACCCCCCCAGCCCUACACCCCACAGAGGAGGGGGCUUCCAGCCCGCUUCGCUCAUCACCAGAGAACCCUUAGGGGCGAGGGCCCGGGGGGUUGCAGGGAGUCCAUUGUCAGCUGAUUGAGCCAGGAGAAGGAGGGGUUAAUUCAGAUCCUCCCACCCUUCCUAUAUGAUGUCAGCUGGGACCCGCCUCCCAUCCCAUCAGAUUGUUAGCUUCUGUCAUGUCCUACCCUCAGGGGACCCUACUGUACUGUGUGUGUGUAGAGUACCAGUGUGACUGUCUGUGUGACCUGCGCAGUGUGGACUUUAUGAGUGCUGGUGAACCUAAAGCCAGGUCAGAGGUCAGACUAAGGAGGGAAUCACAGUGAAGAUGAAGACCUGUCUGUCACCAUGGUGAUAUUGACUGGCCCAUGGUCAGACACCAUUGAACCUAGUGGUGCCAACACUGAAGUCACUGGGUUUUCAAUUCUCGGUAUUAAAAUACAUUGGUAGUGAAGUGAUAGCUGUUUUAAAGGCAUGUACUCAUCACUCUUUCACUCAGAGAACUUAACUGCAUGCUGGCCCACCAGCCAUACCACAUAACUCAAGUGGUCCUUAACCUCUUUGACUUUUCUUUUGUAGAACAAAUGAUCAUUCAAAUUGGAUUUAGAGUCAUAUUUGUACAAGAGCGUUGUGUUCUAUCACAGUAUACCUCUGUUUGAUAUCACAGAGGUAAAGCUUGGGAUGUCCUUAACAGUGCUUUACCUCAGAGGAGCCACCAGUAGCUAAACCCCAGUACACACACUUCUUACAGUCUGCAUUUGACUAGAAUUAUUGUACUGUCAAUAACAGUGCUAUUUGGGGGAAGAAUGCUAAGUUUACUUUUAAAAGCAUGGUGUCCAUGAUUCAGAUGGAUGUUAAAACUGCCGCAUAUUCGGAUAGAGACUUUCUCACCUGCACAUGGUUGCUGAUGGUGUUGGUCUCAUGUCCAAUGACCCAUCUGUCUACUGCUCUGCUGUGGUGAAGGGAGGAUGCUCUGAGGUACUGCAGGUGGUUUUGAUAGCUCACCACACUUCAAAUGCAGACCUAAAGACACAAGACUACUGUGACUGCAUGUAGCUUUGAUUCUAAUCACAUGUUCGUUUUGAAUAGGACUAGUUGAAAGCACAGGGGUAUGUAGUUGGGAUAUUGUACCAUAUACACUUACAAUCCUGAGAUUGUAUCUUUUGGUCAUUUUGAUGCAAUGAAACAUUUUUUUUUAAUGUUGAAAUAUUUCAUCUUUAAGUUUACAACUUGCUCCUCUGGUUGGAUUCACAUCUGCAAAACGUCAAAUAAGGAAAACAAAAUAAGCAAUUAGGUGAUCCCAUAGAUUAAUCUUGACCAUUGAAAUAUUUUAUCAGGGAAACUAUUUAUCUAUUUAUUUUUUCUAUUUAUGUGCUUUAUACCUGUUCAAGCAACACACUCUAGAUGGCAGUAUGCACCCUUUCAGUUUAUUUACCAACUCACAGAAGUAGUAGAUUAAGAAAAUUGAAAACGCCCUCUAUGGCGCUGCCCGUGCGCUCACAGAGGCCAUAAUGGAACAUGUACAAAGAUCUCUACAUUUACCACAAAGGACUAGGAAAAACACAUUUGAACAGCCCUCCAACUGGUAAUUACUAGUGGAAAACUUGUCUCAUCCUUGAGUGGGAGGUAGGAAUUUACCAGUUCUGAAAUCGUAAAUAGCAGUUGGAUGCAUUCACUUGCCUUGAUCUGGUUGAGAAACUCCCGAUUUGCUUAUAGACAAAAAGCUGUCUCAAACAUGAACUAAAAGUAUAGCUAUCAGGUUUGUAAACAAAUUAUAGUGUUUAAAAACCAUAUUAAUAUAUUAGCAUUUGGGUACGGUUUGUUCUUAGGUGUCUCAAAGUCCGAUUCAAUUAACCUCAAAUUGCAGGAAAUCUAAACCAUUGUUCCGGCUGCGAAUAGUUUCAUUUGGUUUCAUUUGGUUUCCAUUUAGUAAUGAUGGUCCUAUUAUUGCAAAUAUCCAUUAACUUCAAAUGUGCUUUUGUGUGGGAUGCAGGAACAAUGGUAUUUCAAAUCAAAUUAUAUUAGUCACAUGCACCGAAUACAACAGGUGUAGUAGACCUACAGUGAAAUGCUUACUUACGAGCCCCUAACCAACAAUGCAGUUUAAAAAAAAAUACGGAUGGGAAUAAGAAAUAAAAGUAGCAAGUCAUUAAAUGGCAGCAGUAAAAUAACAACAGCGAGACUAUAUACAGGGGGGGAAUAGGUUUUGUCGUGCCCUCUUCAUGACUAUCUUGGAAUGCUUGGACCAUGUUAGUUUGUUGGUGAUGUGGACACCGAGGAACUUGAAGCUCUUAACCUGCUCCACUGCAGCCCCGUCGAUGAGAAUGGGGGUGUGCUCGAUCCUCUGUUUCCUGUAGUCCACAAUCAUCUCCAUUGUCUUGAUCACGUUGAGGGAGAGGUUGUUGUCCUGUCACUUUGCCAAUGAAGCUCAUCUCUUAUUUGGUGUGUGUGUGUGUGUGUGUGUGUGUGUGUGUGUGUGUGUGUGUGUGUGUGUGUGUGUGUGUGUGUGUGUGUGUGUGUGUGUGUGUGUGUGUGUGUGUGUGGAGAACAUUGUAUGGUAUCACAGUUUUUUUAAUA